AUGAUUUCACGAGCCAUAUUAGCACUCUCUCUUUUCUUCACAAUCAUCACCGCAACCUCAAUACCCAUAUGUAUCACCGAUUCCAGCACAACAACCUCUUUCAACAUAUCUUCUCUAACAAAAUAUACCACCCAACUCUGCACCCAAAUCGCUUCUAGUAACUUCUCAUCCACGGCCAAGAACUACAAUAUAGAUUCCACCUCCAGCUCCAUCAUUUCACUUGCCUUUACAUCUGCAACCACAACUUGUCCGGGAAAUAGUUCCGCAAGCGACUGCGAAAUCGUUUAUGAUCAUCUUUUUUCUGGGUGUGGUGACAACAGUUCUUCAAUCACGGGAUCAGGUUCCAUCGAUACAGGAUGUGGUGUAUAUAAUUUCCAACUCAUAAACACGAGUCCGGAUAAUUCGAGUUCGACAAGCGUAUCGAGUGAGAGUGGAGGUAGUAAAGCUAGUGUGGUUAGUUACUGCACCGUCACGGGUAGUAUGCUGUUUGGAGUGGCGGCAUUGUUUGGCUGGUUUCUUUGA